AGAGCUUUAACAAACUGAAGCCUCAUAUUAUGAAGAGUGCACUCAACUGACAUCAGGAAAUCAUUUUUUCCUCAAAAUUGUGAUUUUUGGGUCCACGGUUUCUUAAAAUGGGCUUAUUCUUCUGAUGUUACAGUAAUGUUGAUACCACUUAAGAAAGCAGUAUUGAAACUCUGAAAGCCUUAUCUAUGCUCUUUUGCACAAGAAGUUCCUCUGCCAAGCCCUGGGUUUCUCUUUCCGAAAGCUUAAAAGCCUUCUUCCUCUGCGCCAUGUGGGCAGCUCUGACAGGUCGCAGAGAAGAAAGACACACAAAGUCCUCUGAGCCUGAGACUAAGGACUGCCUCCAUCCUCAGUAGAAGCCCCCACACCAAGACCUGAAAAGAUGGCGCUAGAUCUUCUGGGACACUUUCCUCACCUCCUAUUGCUGCUGGGAUUAUGGGGGCCAAUGCAUCCGCUUUUUGCUGUGCCUCCGAAUUUGACCAGGGCUCAAUGGUUUCAAAUCCAGCAUUUACGGCCAAGUCCUCUACCAUGCAAUCAGGCAAUGAGAGGUGUCAACAAUUAUACCCACCAUUGUAAGGAUCUAAAUACCUUUCUGCAUGAUUCCUUCCACAAUGUGGCUGCUGUCUGUAACUUGGCAAACAUCACUUGCAGGAAUAGAUCCACCAACUGCCACCGGAGCCCAAACCGUGUUAACAUGACCGUGUGCAACCUCACUGCAGGAAGGUAUCCUAAUUGCAACUACAACAGGGCUGCAGCAUACAAGUUUUUCAUUGUUGCCUGUAAUACCCCUCAGGCAGGAGGUCCUCCCGUUCCUGUGCACUUAGAUGGGGUCAUUUAACUUUUCUUUAUCACUUUCCUCUCUCUUGGCACAGGUUCUCUUACAAUCUCUUCUGCUUUUUGUUUUCUUCUCUCGCUUUCCCUUUUUCCCACAGAAGAAGAAGAAAGGUAAUGGAAGAAUUAGAGUGCCUAGGAUACUAGACCAACGUUGGGACCAAGAGAAAUAAUGUCUUUCUGUUUUGGGUCUCUGUCUGUUUUAAAGGAAGGUAAUAGGAAAGAGGGCAAAGAAGGGUCCAGUCCUCCAGAUUUUUAACUUUGGGACUUUGCAAGCUUUGUUACACUGUAUUUACAGCAAUAAAACCUCUUUCUGCUGCAUUCUGUUGAGUGACAGUGUGUCUGAAAUCUUUUCUUGCUGCUAUUUUCUUAUCUAGGGUUGCAUUUGCCAAUAUUCAAAGAGGAACUAUUUUGGUCCUAGGUCCUUAGACAAACUUUGAAUUUAUUAGCUCCCUGGGGUCUCUACCACUUCCUCGCCCCUGCCUCUUCUGGGACUUUGGAGCAAGAAAGUCCUCCGUUCCCUCAUCUCUGCUCACAGAUUUACACAUUUCCCUUGAAACCACUGUCUUUGUAUGGAGGUGUCACUGAUCCCUCAUAGGGAUCUGAUGAAAAUUUUCACACAGAUUCUACCACUGGCAACCAAGGGAUCCCAGAUCUUUUCUGUUUCUUUCUAUAUUUAAUCAGGUAUUAUUUUAAAUAGAAGGCAUAAGUAGCACCAAGGGAACCCUGGUGGUGCAACGAUUCAACACUCAGGAAUAACCGAAAGGUUGGUGGUUCAAACUCACCCAGAGGAUCUCAAUACUAUUCAGCGUUAAACUGUCUUGAGUUUACAUUUUAUAGUGUCAAAGUCUUGAAGUAAAGUCUGUGGGGGAGUGAAGGGAGAGGGGUCUGUGAUAGCUUUUGGUUUGAACCAGUGUAGGAAAGUAGCAGAAGCCUCAGGGAAGGGGAUCUUCAGAUAACAUGCAUUGGCCUCCAGAAUAGAUUUAUGUAGCAUUUAUGUAGUACCUGGAAAUUUCCAGAAACUCUUGGAGAAGGCAACCUAAUAAAUGACUGUACUUCUGUUAGUCAGUUGCCCAAACGACUGUAUUUGGACACUCAAGGGGCCUUAUGGGCUGAAGAAAUCUGCUGAAUCUGGGCUAUAGAAAUUUUUGAACAGUCAGAAACAGCAAGAAAUAUGAAAUAUUACUUAAAAUUAGCUACAUACAUUCUGAGGUGUGUGCAUUCUAUCUCAUUUGUUUGUUAUGACCUUAAGAAUUGUAAGUAUUUUGUCAAAAUAGAAGGUUAAAAAGAAAAAUGCAAAUAUUAGUGCCAUCUUUUGGCAAGGAUUGCAGCAACAAUAUCUAAUCCUUCUCCACCUUCCCACACCAACGCCCCCCAAACAAUUUGAGUCAUUUUUUGCCUCUGAUCAGGGAGGAAGCAAGGAUGGGCAUAACUUUUGGACCACCCUUUAUGCCCAAAUCCUUAGAAGUGGAAUAGACUGAGGUGGGAACUCCCCCAGCUUUCUUUUGCUGUUCUGCAUGCAAUUAUCUAUUGUGGAAAAAGCCAAGAUGAUCCACUAAGUCCUAAGUUCUUUAGAUAUAUCCCUAAAAAAAAAAUCCCUAGAUCAGCUUAAAUCAUCUGGCAUCAUUAUAGAUGAUUCAAAAGUAGUCAAAGCUUAGAAAUGGAUUCAGAAAAUGUUCCAGGGGUGCUCAACUGUAGCCUCAUAGUAGAUUUACAUGGGAAUGGCAAAGUGAAAUUUUACUGGAGGCCUAGGAUCCUGGAGAGCAACAAUUGUUUGAGCCUCCCCCACUCUCCACAACCCUUUUGGUGCAGAGAAUGGUUUACAAUAACCAACUGACCUAGAAAGAUUUAAGAUCUCUUUUGUAUAACAAAACUUUAGAGUAAGCUUUUCCUUUGUUAUCUUCCCAACCUUCCUCUCUCCCUCAAUCUUCACCAUCCAGGGCUUGAUCCCUAUCCCCACCCACUCCUUGCCCUGAGUCUCCCAUGAUUCACACAGUCUUAUCAUAAGAAAAGAAAGCAUUCCAAACAAAAUGGUCCUAAUUAUAAUCUUAGUAAAUCACUGACUCAUUCCAGUAACUGAUCUCCCUUAACGUUCUUUUCAAAACGUCCAAGUUCUUUUUCCCAGUG